GGUCAUGUGUGCAUGCUGCUUGGAGAAUCGGGAGUGCAAAUUCUGAUGAAGAGGUAAACCUUCAGCAAAAUCCAUCUGCGAUUACCAUCAGCCCUUUCCGACAAUUUAAGACUGCAUGGAUGGUGAAGUGGAAUCAAUGAAAACAAGGGCUGAGAGUCCUGUGAGUCCGCUGACAGGGUUGGGGAUGAGCUGUCUCGUUGGGCAGCGGCAUCGUUAUGGGCCAGGCAUGGUCAGUCCUCAGGAGUACAGCGAGUGGCUACCGUAUCGCCAUGAUGCCAGCCUGAUGCCUAUGAAAGAAGACCUGGCACUUUGGCUUAACUCCAUCAUGGGUGGGGACCUGACUGCUGACAGUCUAAUAGAAAGACUGGACAAUGGCGUUGUGCUUUGUCAACUGGCUCAGUUUCUCCAAGACAAGAUGAGCCACAACAGUAAAGGCAAGCCCUUCACAAGAAGAGUCAUCCAUUGGCGAGCUGAUGCAACUUCAGGAUCAUUUUUUGCCAGAGACAACACAGCUAAUUUUCUGUAUUGGUGCCGCAAGAUUGGUAUCGAAAGGUCCCACCUUUUUGAGUCAGAGGAUUUGGUCCUCCAUAAGCAACCGAGGGAGGUAUGCCUUUGCCUGAUGGCGCUGGGACGCAUGGCCGCCAGGUAUGGAGUGGAGCCUCCAGGCCUUGUGAAGUUGGAGCGAGAGAUAGAAAAGGAGGAGGCAGGGAGUCUGUCUCCAUUGUCUUCACUACCUUUCUCGUUUUUUCCUCCCCCGGAGCAUUGCUCACUAUCACAUUCAAGCGAGCCCCCAACCCCGCCCCCUGCUUCUCCACCAGUGGCCCACACUCCAAGUUCAACCUGUCUCUCUGAAGCCCACAUCACACCCCUCACGUCUGAUCUUCCAUCAGCCACUGCAGAUCUAAUGCCCACAUGUUUAUCCCACUUGCAGUCCAUCCUCUCUCCUCAGAAACUCUGCACAACCACAGCUUCAACACAAACCCCUUUGUGUCCCAAUGACACAUCUGCUGCCCCUAAAAGCAAAACCCAGGUGGCUUUUGCAACAAGACCGCCCGCACCCUCCCGGACACCAAACCUGAAACAUCACUUCAGCAAAUCCGCGACUAAAAAGAGCACCGGGACGAGCAACAUUUUGGACGACACUGUGAGAAACAUUAUUGAAAAUCCACCUUGCAGCUGUCCAAACAGGUUCCCUGUUGAAAAGCAGCCAAAGAGCUGUUAUCGAGUGGGGGAUAAAGUUCUUUAUAUACGGAUGCUGAAUGAACGUCACGUGAUGGUGCGUGUGGGUGGAGGAUGGGAGACUUUUUUAAGCUACCUACAGAAACACGACCCCUGCAGAGGAGGCCCAGGGGGCAGAUCUGAAGUCAGAAGCUAUCGGAACAAAGUCAAAUCACUCAAUUUGAACAUGUCACCUGACAGCUACAUGGUGGUCAACGCCCAUUAUCGUGGAAAGAAGUAG